AUGGAGGACCGGGAAAGAAACGGAAAACAUCAAUUGACAAGUGGGAAUGACGGUAAGGGGGAUUUAUUUCGGACAGAUAUUGCUUCUUUGUUUCCCCUGUCGUUCACGUCUUGCUCCCUGACUUCGGGCGGAGGUAGCGAAAAGGGAGUUGGGUGGAAGAGGAGGAAGAAGAAGAACGAGAAGAAGACGACGACAAUGGAGGCAGAUGAAGAAGAGGAGGAAUGGGCAGCACAGGAGGAACCGCCCCGUGACUGGGACAGCGCAAGUCUGGGUCGAGGACAGCAAGUGGUGAGGUCAACCAGUUCGACGGCAGGCCGGUCAGAUCCUCUCGCUUGCAGUGUGUUUAUUUUGACCCACGGGUAUCGCUCGGGAAGAGUCGACGAAGGCUCUGCAUCAAAGAGGGCUAAUGGGGAAAUGGGGGAUUUGGGGGGCAGAUUUGAUCGCGUGUUGAUCAAGUUGAAUGAAUGCCGCCCGGUGGGGGCUGGCCCUUGGGUGCAUUUGGUGUUAACCUCGUUUCUUUUCUCCUGCAAAUUCGGUUUUGUGCUGCCAAUCUCGUUACCGAUCCCAUACCGCGCUAAAGGGGGUUGUCCGCCUGGGAGCUUCUUUCAUUGGCUGUGGAAGCUUCACCCAAUUCUCCGGCCAACCACAGCCCAAACAUAUACUUGCCCGUGCGAGGCAAUCAUCAAGACGCCUUCCCACGCAUUGGAGAGCUAUAUUCAGAAUCCAAUAUCCCGACCGUCAUUCGCACUAACCGGUCUCCGACUAUCGUUCCGAAUCCGUCCCGUCAGACGCUGCGAUUACAUUACCCAAGAACGAACAAGCGCGGGGUAUCCGAUGAAACUACCGGCCAAAAAUAUGCUUGAGGCAUUUGUCGUCGGAAAGUGCGGCGCUGUUCUAGCAAGAACUGGCAUGAUCCGGUUUUCAGAGUGCCGGAUCUUCCACGGACUUUCAUUCCCCGCACCUGUCUUACUGUUUAGCUGUCUUCUCUGCGAGAUGAAGAGGGAACAUGGAAUGCAGAUUCCACGAAAGUAUGACACUGUUACAACAGACAGUGGUAGAAAGGGUACAGAUACAGCUGGUAUCAGCGAGCAAGCGCGUGGUUUUAAGCCGACCGCAAACCUCAAGCAACUACUAAUGUUCUAG